AUGAAGGCAGAGGAUGCUUAUCAAGGCGAUGGCACUGACAACACUUUUAAUUGGCGAAACGGAAGCUUCCAAGCUGAGACGAUCAAAUGCCGGAAACGAGUCACCGGCGAUUCGCACUUUCCUCGACACAGGAAACAGGGCAAGUACGAGCAACGACACCAAAAGGGAAAGAGAUGA